GCUUCGCGCGCGUCCCCCCUCCUCCGUUUCUUUCCCCCCGGGGGGGGGGAGGGGGGAAAAGGCAGCGGCGGCCGCCUCUUUUGUGGGAGGGAAGCGGAGGAGGCAGGAGGAAUCGAUCGGGGCAGAAAUUGUUCCGAAGUGAGCCGCUCCGGGAGGACUCGCCGGCCCCGGGGAGCCAGGUAAAGAUGAUGUGAAGCCAAUCCCAUGUGCCCAGACACCGAAGAAUGCUUGGCGAGCAACGUCUUCUUCAGCCAUCUGUUGAGCCAGAAGAUGUUUGACGUAGUUAUCCAUUCACUUCAUGUAGGAGGGAUGGCUUUGUUGCCUUCUAGGGAAUGAUCUGGGCCAGAUCUGCAGAGAUGGCUGCAUGACCUAUGAAUUUAUCUUUUAUCAAGAGGUGAAGCUCCCCAAAGAAGGCCGGCUUUUCCCCAGCUUGCAAACAGAUACAAAGCCUUGCGCUCUUUCUCUUUCUUGCUCAUCAGAGGUUGGUGGCUCAGCUGUGGACUUACUGAGGGUCUAUCUCUACACUGUGUGAGAUCCUGAUCUCGAGGGCUGGACGAUUUCAGGACUACAAUGGAAGAGAAUGUAUUCAGUGUCCAACAGAUUCAGCCGAAUGUAAUCUCGGUGAAGCUCUUCAAACGGAAGGUGGGUGGCCUCGGGUUCCUGGUGAAGGAACGAGUCAACAAGCCACCUGUGAUCAUCUCUGACUUGAUCCGAGGAGGGGCAGCAGAACAAAGUGGCCUUAUUCAGUCGGGAGAUAUUAUCCUAGCGGUCAAUGGGAAGCCCCUGGUUGACAUGAACUAUGACACAGCCUUAGGAGUCCUUAGAAGCAUCGCUUCGGAAACUUACGUUGUUCUCAUCUUAAGAGGCCCCGAGGGCUUCACCACUCACCUAGAGACAACUUUCACUGGAGACGGGACACCAAAAACCAUCCGUGUCACCAGACCUCUGUGUGGGACGCCAACAGUAGGCGAUCAGGCAUCUGCUCCGAGCAUCCGCACCAAAGAGAAGCAACAGGGGGAAGAACGCAGCAUGGGGGGCUCGGUCAGCUCCCGGUGUAACCGGGAGAAUGGGCAAGGGGAAGAAAACCUGGUGCACGUCAAUGGCAUGGUAGCCACCAACGUGGCCAAGGACACUCUGAAAGGAAACCAGGAUAUUCCUGACCAUUGCCUGAAUGGCAGCGUUGAGAACAGUGAACUGCUCAAGGAGAUUGAACCCGUUCUGGAUCUUCUGAAGGGCAACAGCAAGGAACUCAAUGGCAAUGCUGAAGCCAAGAUGGGAGUGAGAGAUGUUGAAGUCCAGGUGGACAGUUUCUGCGAAACGGACCGGAAGUCGCCAAGGACGUUGCCAACGCAGCUGGAGAACGUCAGUGACCAAAGGGGGGGCCCUGAAAUGCGCCCCAUGCCAAGCAACACGUCUUCAGGCAAGGACCAGGUCCCUUCUGGCCAGCAGUCGCCUACCAAAAAUGUGGUGAACGGAAGCCCUUCCAAGUGCCCGCGUUUUGCCAAAGUGAAGAACUGGGAAACUGGCUCUGUGCUCAAUGACACUUUGCAUUUGAAGUGCUCCAUGGUAACCCCUUGCAGUGAACAGAUCUGUAUGGGCUCCAUCAUGAUGCCUUCUCAGCAUGUCCGUAAACCGGAAGAAGUCCGGACGAAGGAUCAGCUCCUCCUCCUUGCCAAAGAAUUCAUUGACCAGUACUACUCCUCCAUCAAGAGGUCUGGCUCGAAAGCUCACAUGGAAAGGCUGGUGGAAGUCACCAAAGAGAUAGAAACGACGGACACUUACCAAUUGCGUGAUACGGAGCUGAUCUAUGGAGCUAAGCACGCAUGGCGCAACGCCUCUCGUUGCGUGGGGAGAAUCCAGUGGUCCAAGCUGCAGGUUUUUGAUGCCCGGGACUGUACCACAGCUCAUGGCAUGUUCAACUACAUUUGCAACCACAUCAAAUAUGCCACGAACAAGGGGAACCUCAGGUCUGCCAUCACCAUCUUCCCCCAGAGGACUGAUGGCAAACAUGAUUUCCGAGUGUGGAACUCCCAGCUCAUCCGUUAUGCUGGCUAUAAGCAACCGGACGGCAGCAUCUUGGGUGACCCAGCCAAUGUGGAGCUGACUGAGAUUUGCAUACAGCAAGGGUGGAAAGCCCCCUAUGGCCGAUUCGACGUCCUACCACUCCUUCUCCAGGCCAAUGGGAAUGAUCCUGAGCUUUUUGAGAUCCCAUCUGAGUUAGUGUUGGAAGUCCCCAUUAGACAUCCCAAAUUCGAGUGGUUUAAAGACCUUGAGCUUCAAUGGUAUGGCUUACCAGCUGUUUCUAACAUGCUGCUGGAGGUUGGAGGGUUGGAGUUCUCUGCAUGCCCCUUCAGCGGCUGGUACAUGGGGACCGAAAUCGGAGUCCGGGAUUACUGUGACAGCUCUCGUUACAACAUCCUAGAGGAAGUGGCUAAAAAGAUGAAUUUAGACAUGCGGAAAACUUCGUCUCUCUGGAAGGAUCAAGCACUAGUGGAAAUCAACAUUGCAGUCCUGUACAGUUUUCAGAGUGACAAGGUGACAAUUGUGGAUCAUCACUCGGCCACCGAGUCCUUCAUCAAACACAUGGAGAAUGAAUACCGUUGCCGGGGAGGUUGUCCGGCUGACUGGGUAUGGAUUGUCCCACCCAUGUCUGGAAGCAUCACCCCUGUCUUCCACCAGGAAAUGCUCAACUACAGGCUUACACCAUCCUUUGAGUAUCAGCCUGACCCUUGGAACACACACAUCUGGAAAGGGGUCAAUGGCACCCCCACCAAGAAGAGAGCAAUUGGCUUUAAAAAAUUAGCUAAAGCAGUCAAGUUCUCUGCAAAGCUGAUGGGACAAGCAAUGGCAAAGAGAGUCAAGGCGACCAUCCUCUACGCCACAGAAACAGGGAAAUCCCAGGUCUAUGCAAAAACGCUGUGUGAAAUCUUCAAGCACGCCUUUGACGCCAAGGUGAUGUCGAUGGAUGAGUAUGACACUGUUCACCUGGAACAUGAGACCCUGGUUCUGGUGGUCACGAGCACCUUCGGCAAUGGAGACCCUCCGGAGAAUGGAGAGAAAUUCGGGUGUGCCUUGAUGGAGAUGAAAAACCCCAACUCCAACCUAGAAGAGAGCAGAAGCUACAAAGUGCGCUUCAACAGUGUCUCCUCAUAUUCGGAUGCCCAGAGAUCCUCUACCGAUGGACCUGAAGCCAGGGACAAUUUUGAGAGCGCUGGUCCACUGGCCAAUGUCAGGUUCUCUGUCUUUGGGCUGGGCUCACGAGCUUACCCUCACUUCUGCGCCUUUGCCCGUGCUGUGGACACCCUCCUGCAAGAGCUGGGAGGGGAACGCAUCCUGAGGAUGGGCGAGGGGGAUGAACUGUGUGGUCAGGAGGAAUCCUUCAGAACGUGGGCCAAGAAAGUCUUCAAGGCAGCAUGUGAUGUGUUCUGCGUGGGAGAUGACGUCAACAUCGAAAAAGCCAACAACUCUCUCAUCAGCAACGACCGUAGCUGGAAGAGAAGCAAGUUCCGUCUGACUUACGUGGCUGAGGCCCCAGAGCUGACCCAAGGUUUAUACAGCAUCCACAAAAAACGAGUUUACGCCGCUCGGCUGCUGGCCCGUCAGAAUCUCCAAAGCCCCAAAUCCAGCCGCUCCACCAUUUUCUUGCGGCUUCACACAAACGGCCAGCAGGGGUUGCGUUACCUGCCCGGGGACCACCUGGGAGUAUUUCCGGGAAACCAUGAAGAUUUGGUCAACACCUUGAUUGAAAGGCUGGAGGAUGCCCCGCCCACCAACCAGCUAGUAAAACUCGAAAUUCUAGAAGAGAGAACUACAGCUUUAGGUACCAUCAGCAACUGGACCGAAGAGAACCGCAUCCCUCCUUGUACCAUAUUCCAAGCAUUCAAAUAUUACCUGGACAUCACUACCCCUCCCACACCCAUUCUGCUGCAGCAGUUUGCCCUACUGGCCACCGACGAGAAGGAGAAGAAGCGCCUACAAGUUCUUAGCAUGGGUCUUCAGGAUUAUGAGGAAUGGAAGUGGUCGAAAAACCCCACCAUGGUAGAAGUGCUGCAAGAAUUCCCAUCCGUGCAGAUGCCUUCAACCCUCCUGCUAACCCAACUCCCUUUGCUUCAACCCCGUUACUAUUCCAUUAGUUCCUCCCCAGACAUGUACCAGGAUGAAGUCCACCUCACAGUGGCUGUGGUGUCCUAUCGCACCAGAGAUGGAGAAGGCCCAAUACACCACGGGGUAUGUUCUUCCUGGUUUAACCAGAUACAGGAGGAUGAAGUGGUGCCCUGCUUCGUUAGAGGAGCACCUGGAUUUCACAUGCCACAAGAUCCCAAACUUCCUUGCAUUCUGAUUGGCCCUGGAACUGGAAUUGCACCUUUUCGCAGCUUCUGGCAACAGCGGCUCUUUGAUCUCAAACAUAAAGGGCUGAAACCGUGCCCCAUGACACUGGUCUUCGGUUGCCGACAAUCCAAGAUCGAUCACAUUUACAAAGAAGAGACUUUGAUGGCCAAGAGCAGCGGGGUGUUUAAGGAAUUGUUCACGGCCUAUUCUCGUGAGCCAGAAAAACCAAAGAAAUAUGUGCAGGACAUACUGCAGGAGCAAUUGGCGAGCUCCGUCUACAAAGCCCUGAAGGAAAAGGGCGGCCACGUCUACGUGUGCGGUGAUGUCACCAUGGCUGGAGACGUCCUCAAGACCAUCCAAAACAUCGUUCAGGAACAGGGGAAGCUGUCAGCCGAGGAAGGCAUUGCGUUCAUUAGCAAGCUGAGGGAUGACAACCGAUACCACGAAGAUAUCUUCGGAGUCACUCUACGCACAUACGAAGUGACCAACCGCCUCCGAUCCGAGUCCAUCGCGCAGAUCGAGGAAAGCAAAAAAGACACAGAUGAGGACACGGCAGUCCACGACUUUUGCUCUUCUCCCGUGUCUCAGCUGGUUAUUGUGUCCUGAAGGAAGCCCUGGCUACCGGUGCGACGGACGAUGGGUGACAAAAAAAAGCGAACGGACGAUGGAGCGGAUUCUCUCGUCCCCUCCGCCCCUCCCAUAUCCCUGUCCUGUGGUCAUUUUUUUUUUUCUUUUCACGCCUUCUUCCUGGAGCAACCCUUGCUGAAGCGCAAUGGCUUUUGAACAACCUUGCCAGUGGCUUUAUUUUUCCUGCCAAAAAAAAAAUAGAAAGAAAGAAAGCAACCGCCACCGUCUUUCGUCCUUGCGUCUCGCCCUGGACCAGGCCGUUGCCGAGGGGCUGCAUGAAAUCCCUUCUUUUAGCGAUCCAUUCUCUGCAAAUUUUGGGACUUCGGGGAUGGAGGGCUGGCUUUUCUGGGGACAUGCCCGAGAGAUGUUUGCCCGUCCACUCAGCACGAUUGGCUUCGAAUUCAUCCGCUCGCUUUCUUCUUUCUUUCUUCCUUUUUUUCCUUUUGUCCCGUUGUCUUUGGCGAAGGGAUGGGGAGAAAGGGAGAUGGCCUGCUUUUCCACCCCACCCCCCACACCCCUCCCCACCUGUAUCUCUGCUCGUGAGCAGCCUCUCCGCACUUUCAUACACAGCAUGCCGUGUUUCCGUUCGAACUGUCUUAAUGUAGCUGUGUUCUUCGGGGCUUCUCUUCCUCCUCCUCCUCUCCCAUCCCUGGCAAGUUUACAAAAACCCAAGCGGUUACCAAGCAGGAAAAGCUUUCACCAAGAAUCAGUGGUACCCUAGCCCUCCCUUCUUGAGAGUUACGAGGGAUGGAUGUCCGAAAGGAUGAGCGGACCGCAGAUCCUCCCAGUAACUCUGAAAUUGUUUUUGUCUUUGUGCUGGAGAGACAGAGAGCCCUGCGUUAGGCAACGCUGCCCAAACAUCCACUCUUCUGAACCAUAAAUACAAGCCAGAGAGGCUUCCACAAUCCUCACAGAAAGCACAGAGGGUCCUUUUUUCAGCCUCUUCACCAAAUGACCCCUAAAAUCGAUGGCUGGGAAAUUGGUUAAACCGGGCAGCGGAAUUGAGUUUGGAAACAGGGAAAAUAAUUCAGGAUGUUGUCAUUGUUGGGGACAGUUCCCUCCCCUUAUUUGCACACACCCCCUCUUGCUUCCAGAUUGGAGCCCUGUCAAAUAUCCAAAACAAUUUGCGCACAUUUGUGCAGUUUGCAUUGGGGGAGGCAGUAGAGACUUGGUGGGGGGUUGGAGUUAGGAUAUGCAAAAGGGCUCGUGGCAAAACCCAUCUCUCUCUCUCUCUCUCUUUUUGGGGUGCAUUUUUUUCCAUGGCAGUUUACAGCAAUUUUAACCUUCGUUGAUGAGAAACUACAAAUGUCGUAGACGGAGGACAAAGUAAUACUUGGAGAGGAAUCCAGUAGUUGGACUGAUGCUGAAUUUGUAGUAGUUGGGUUGGGAAAUUAACUGGCCACUUUGGAUGUGAGGUCUAAACGCAUCCUAGUCAGCCAUUCUAAAUUUGCACAUCCUGAUAGAUGACACUAAAUUCUGAGACUGUGAUUUGUUUGGAAAAUGAACUGGCCACCUUUGCCUCUGUGAACUGAAGACCUAGGUUGUUUUGUUUUUAAAUUUCUGUGCAGUGUCAUCUACAUUUUAGAAACACCUUUUAGUCCUCUGUACAUUACAUUCUAGUUCUAUCCCCAUUCAUGCCUUCCUAAACUCUUGAUUGUACCAUGCCUUCGUGAUCAAAGAAGAAAUAAUAGCUUGUUGCCUUCAAAAUAUAUAUUUCAAAAAGGAAAAAGAAUGAAAGAAACUGAAAAAGAAGAGAAAAAUUCAAACCACCACACUGUGAUAGGUUCAGAUCAUGUCUUGCACUGUGUUAGCGUUUUCCCAGAUCGACACACAACUACUGCUUAGAUGUUGCCUUUUAAAGCAGACACAUCACUUGGAUGUCUGGAGCGCAAGCUGGUUAAUUGUGAGUUUACAUAAAGCUGUUCCUGUAUGUAUGUUUACCUUACUUGUAUUCCUCUAUGGAUUAUCAGUCUUUUCUGUAGUUGAAAAAAUAAAAAUGAGCAGGAAAAAAAAAAGAGGGAAGCGCGCUAGAAGAAAAGAGCAUUAUACCAACACCGUCAAUGAGGAUCAGCUAAUCCAUCAAGGAAUUUAGCAUUUGCACAACUCACUAAGCCAACCAAUUGCCAGGCCUGAAAUGUGAAGCUAUGUUCUAACCAAGCUCAGUCAUAAAUCCACUAAUUUUAACCUUGGUUCUCUGAAUCAUCUGGACCUGGAUGGAAAGAUUGUCCUUAUGGACACCUUGCAACAAAAGAGUUGGGAGGCUAGA